AAAACAGAAAACGUAAUGAGAUAACCCCACUUUUGGAUGCGUCAAUUAAUGGAUCGCAUAUCACGCAUUUCAUAUAAAAGACCUGAUCAUCAUCCCAAUCGGUAUCAGUUUCACAUUUGAAUAGAUCAAAUCGAAAACAUCAUGUUCAAGUUUGUAGUACUCGCCGUAGUUGUUGCCUUGGCUGCCGCCCAACGCACCCCAGAAGCCACCGCUGAAAUUCGCAGCUUAACCAACGAUGCUAGUCCUGAUGGUUCAUACCGCUACUCCUUCGAAACCUCAAACGGAAUUGCUGCCCAAGAACAAGGUGUAGGUGGUGUCCAAGCUGCCGGAGCCGCUUCCCACACCUCCCCUGAAGGCAUCCCAAUCCAACUUACCUACACUGCUGACGAAAAUGGAUUCCACCCAGAAGGUGCCCAUCUCCCAGUCCCACCACCACCACAACCAAUCCCAGACUACAUUGUCCGUGCCUUGCAAUGGAUCGAAGCUCACCCAUACAAAGAGGAAUAUGCUAACAAGCCACAACGCUAUUAAGUGAAACUGAUGGUUUAAAUUGUUACAAAUAUUUAAAUAAAACAUAAUUUAAACUAACA